AUGACUCUAUGUUCAUUUCUUAUCUCUGUCAAUGAAUACAAUUUUCAGAUAGUCGUUAACGAACAAGAUGAUGACCAGAAACUAAGCUUGAUUAAAAUAAUUUCUGGCUAUCUAAAAAUAUUAGGUCCCAAUAUGAACAGUUUACUCUAUUCUUAUUCUCAUCUGAAGAGAUUCUCCUUGGCACUCAUCCAGACACUGGAAAUGGAUUGUUCUAGUGUCAAAAUUGUGGAAGAACAAACACAGAUUUUGGGCCAUGGAAACUGUACAAGAAAACGAUCCUGCUAUUAUCAUAAAGACAAGAAGACUGCUGCUGGAGAGGUUGAUGAUGAUGAUGACCUAUCCAAAAAUGAAGGAGAAAUGGACUGGACACCAGCUUCUCCUACAGAAAAUGAAAUGGAAAAUAUUGAAGAUGAAGAGAAGACAUUACCACCUAACCAUGUUACAAUCAUUGUUGAUGUAGAUCAUCUUCUCCCAAUGGUUCAUCAGUUAUGGACUCCAUUAUCACAAAGAUUCUCAGAUACAGAAAUUAUUGUGAGGAUAAAAGCCUUCCAAACAUUACUGAAUAUCUCUGUUGUCUGUGGCUCAUUUAUUAGAAAGCGUACAACCAAAGAAGUGUUUCCCAGAUUGUGCAACUUUCUUAAAUCACAGUCCAAACUUAAAUGUGACUCUUGGGAUCAACUGUAA